AUGUUGCAUCGGCUUCUGCUUUGGGCCGUGGUCAAUGCAGAGGAGGCGCUGGAGGCGCACUUGAAUUGCCACAAGCUCAUGGAAAGCCGGCUCCGAGAAAGCCACAUCCAGCAGCCCAUCUGUCAGCAGAAGGUGGCAGGCAUCUACUGCUCCCGGCUGCUAGAGGUGGAGAGACCUCGACCCUUGGCGGGUAGCUGCCCACUGGACCCUUCGCGGGUGGCAUCGCCAACCCACGCAGUCGAGGGUCAUGUUCCGCAGACCAACGGCACCAUGCAGCACCGCAGCCUGCAGCACCUCGCCUUGGGCGUGCUGCUCCUGGCCGCCUACCAAUCUCAGCUUGUGCUCAUCCAGCAUCUCGUGGAGUCUUUCUGGCAUGCAGCUCAUACCUUCCUGGUUCAUGUCGACCUGAAGUCUCAGCAACUGGAGCGCCAGCUCCGAGACUGGUCUGCAGCUCCGAGACUCUCCAACGUCCACGUGGAGCGUGCCGUAGCCGUCCGCCGUUCCGGUGCCUCUCUCCUGGCGGCAGAGCUUUACGGCAUGAGGAGGCUGCUAACCCUCUCCAAGACCUGGCACUACUUCAUGAUCCUGUCGGACAGCGACCAACUGGUCCGCCCUGCGGAGUACCUGCAACGUGUCCUGGCUCUACACGAGGGCAGAAGCUUCAUCAACACCGAGGUGCUCGGCGUCAAACCCAAGUCUAUUGCUGUUGAAUGUAGCGAUCGCGUUCAUUCCGUUCGGAUGGGCGGCCAUGAGGAUGGAGUCCCCAUCCGCCCCAACUUGACGCUCGCCAGUGGCUCGCAGUUCGUGGUGCUGCACCGGCAGUUUGCGGAGUUUGCGGUGGAUGGCUUGGGCGAGACCGGGGACGAGGUUGCCAAGCUCGUUGCAGAUGGCCCCACGUAUAGUGGCAGGAUCAGCCAGACUGGCUGGAGUUUAGCACGGGAGGUGCUUAACGAGGUCCUCUUCUUCGCAUCGCCAGAUGAGACCUUUUUCCACACGUUGGCGGUGAACAGCCAGCACUGCACGAGGCACUUGAGAUACAACUUCCACUUCCACGACACCCAGGGCAACUUCUUGGACGAAGCGUCGCGCAGCUAUACAGACUUCCCGACCGGCAGCCCGCCAGUGCUGACCUCCAGCUCGCUGCCGCUGCUGCAACAGGUCAGAGACCAUCACCCGAUCAUCUUUGCGAGGAAGUUCGACGCAACCAACAAGUCCAGCAUGAGCUUUCUGAAAUCGGAUGUCACGUCGCUCGUGAAGCACCGCGACGGCUGGUGGCUGGCACCAGGCACCAGCAAAGAGGCAACUACGGGUAUGCGUUCCAGCCGCUACUCGGCGCAUGCGGUGAAGUUGAAGGCGUGCGCUGGCGCAGCGAGGGAGGCAGAGUUGGAGUACCGCAAAGGUGCGGCUUCUUCAUCUUGCUAG